AUUCAUUCAUUUUGGUCUAACUGAAUUAAAAAAAGAUGGAUUUUUAAAUAAAUCUUCAAAAUAAUUUCCCAGUCAUUAGACAGCUUACUGUCUCGUUACAUCAGUAAAAAUCUUUUGGGCGGGAUUUUUUGCUUUUUUUUUUUCCCUUUUUUUUUAAACCAAGACAGCAGCAGUGGAAAUGCUCAUCUCCGGGAUUCAAAACGGGGCUCCACAAAGCAACAGCCGACAUCAAGCCAGCUACAUCCAAGUUUUAUACAGUCUGUGUUAAGCUGUGGGCUGCAGCCCCCUGGUGGGCAAUUGAAGCCUGCGACAUUUUUACAGCCGAGGGGUCGUUGGAGAGCAACCUGGUGACUUUCAGCGAUGGCUGGAUGCUGUGUUUCAGCGGAGGAGAGAGAGAACCAGAGGAUCAACGAGGAGAUUGAGAAGCAGCUGCGGAGGGACAAACAGGACUCAAGCAGGGAGCUCAAGUUGCUGCUUUUAGGCACUGGAGAGAGUGGAAAGAGCACCUUUAUCAAACAAAUGAAGAUUAUCCAUGGAGGAGGAUAUACAGACGAGGACAAGAGGAGCUAUGCCAAGCUGGUGUACCAGAACAUCUACACGUCCAUGCAGACAAUGGUCCGAGCUAUGGAGACUCUCGGUAUAUCUUUCACUGAUCCCCAGAACCAGAGUCAUGCCAGCGCAGUCCUGGAGGUGGAGGUGGAUAAGGUGAAGGACUUAGAUAGCAACCUCGCCAUGGCUGUCAAGAGUCUGUGGAAUGAUCCUGGAAUACAGGAGUGCUAUGAUCGGCGCAGGGAGUACCAGCUGUCUGACUCCACUAAAUACUAUCUCAAAGAUCUGGAUCGGAUUUCACAGCCCUCAUACAUACCCAACCUUGACGACAUCCUCAGAGUCCGAGUACCAACCACCGGUAUCAUUGAACACCCUUUUGACAUGUCGUCUAAGAAUCAGAGUGUCAUUUUCAGGAUGGUUGAUGUGGGUGGUCAAAGAUCAGAGCGGAGAAAGUGGAUCCACUGCUUUGAGAACGUCACCUCCAUCAUUUUCUUGGUGGCACUCAGCGAAUAUGAUCAGGUCCUGGCCGAGUGCGACAAUGAGAACCGCAUGGAGGAGAGCAAGGCCCUGUUCAAGACCAUCAUCACUUACCCCUGGUUCCAGCGCUCGUCUGUCAUACUUUUCCUCAACAAGACCGACAUCCUCAAGGAGAAGAUCAUGUACUCUCAUUUAUCCACCUACUUCCCUAAAUUCACAGGACCUCAGCAGGAUCAAGUAGCAGCUCAAGAAUUCAUCCUGAAAAUGUACCAAGAACAAAACCCGGACAAGGACAAGACGUUGUAUUCUCACUUCACCUGCGCCACAGACACAGAAAACAUCCGCAUCGUCUUCGUGGCUGUCAAAGACACCAUCCUCAGGGACAACCUCAAGGACUUCAACCUGAUGUAGAAGGUGGCAUACAGCACAGGAGCAAAUGCAUACAAGAGAAGACCUGAGUAAAUUUGAAAUAGAAAAGAAUCUAAUUAUCAAUCAAGCUUAAAC